UGAUUUCCACUCUCAACAGAAGAACGGAGUAAUAUUCUAGACUCCAUACAUCGAUGAGAGAUUUGGAGAGAGAAGAAGCGCCAGAGACUCAGAGGAUUCACGAACGCCUUAGAGAAACGAACAAGGAAUUUUCAGGGCUUGCAAGAGUUUACUACUAAUGGAAGGAGGAAAGGAGGGGGGAAUGAAGAGGGAGGUGGAAUCAUUAGGAUGGUUAACAGAAUCAUCAAUAAUGCCCAAAAAACAUAAAGCUAUUGAAGGUGUUGGUGCUUCUUCUAUUCUUGAACUUAAAGCUCAGCUUUACAAAUCACAAGAAGAGAACAGAAAAAGUAAGGAUUUGACUCCAGAUAUUGAAUUUCAUCGUGCUAAGAAGAAAAUCGUUCCUGCUGAUACUUUUUCUAAUAAGAAUUCUGGUGUUGAAGCUCGUGCUCACAAGGACAAGCUGGAACUGAAAGCAGUACAAGAUGGAUCUGUUAGCUAUGCAGCACUAGAAAGGAAAGCUGCAUUAUAUGAUAAGCUUGCAAGGGGUGAGCUCCCCGAUGAGGAAGAAGGAGAGAAGUACUGUGUGGAUUUCUUCAGCAAGAGUCUUGUUCGUGAUGAUCCCCAGCAUUUACAAAUUGCUGAUGUUCCUGACACCAUAGCCCAGGGCAAUGAGGAUGGUGAUGAUACUGAUGCUUUUUUACCGUUUAGCACAAAACCUGUUGGACCUGGGCGGACAGCUGGAUUUCUAGACAAUGAUGAGCGUAAGCGUUUCGUAAGGGAAGUUCAUGAAGAGGCAAAUCAAGCGAGAGAUAAAGCCUCUGAACUGAAGAUGCGUAGACAAGAGCAGGCAAUCUCUCGUAGGGAAAAACUAAAGCAAGCCUACCUUCGUAAACAAGUAGAGAAGUUGCAAGCAAAAAACAAAGAGGAAAGCAAACAAGAUGCUGUAUAAUAUGAUCACAGGUGAUUGUGUGUGUGGACUUUCUGAAGAUUCCAAACAGUCGGUGAAGUUUUAUGGACCUGUUGUAGUGGGUUUCGGAAAGAAUAUUAGAAAUUCUCAUAUUGGAAAAAGUCGAUCCAUCUCAUCCACCCUUUACUGCAAAGAAUAGUAUCUCACUUGAGUCUAGUUUUAUGUCCUUUUAGUUCAUUCCAAAUUAGCCAGAAUGUGUAUAGUUCAGGUUAAAGCUGUUUAGAUGCAUUUCAUAUCUUUAAACGGUUGUAUUUGUUGAAUUCAUAAGAGAAAAAAAAGAAGAGUAGAAGCCAAUUCAUGUUUACUGCCCUACUAUAACCAUUAUCAUAUCAAUAGUGUUUCUAGAUCAACGUACAUAUGAACUGCAGUAUUUAAUGAAAUCACGGGCAACAAGCUGCUUCACAAGUUCUUCCGUCUUGAGUUUUUCAUUUUGGGGUGCCCAAAGUAAAAUCCAAAAAGGGUCAAAAUGUCUUUAACGUUAUCUUCUUCAUCAGCGUUAUUAGCGGAGUCAUUGAGUGAGUUUAAGUAAAGAUAUGACCGUUACAAGUAAAGCCCUUUCUUUAUUUGAAUCAACAAUUGUUAAAUAUUCUAUUUUUCUUCUUGAGAUUUAGACGUUAAACUCAAUCAAUUUCAUCUGAAGAAAAUCAACUUCAAAUUUCUUCAUCAAAACCCCUAUUUUUGGAAUCGAAUCCAAUUCCAAAUCAAAAUCCAAAACGGGAGAGAAAUUUGUUUUGUUUUCAAUAGCAAAAUCUCCCUGUAAAUCUCCGUCUACUACCUUCUUCAUUACAGAGACUCGGAGAGAUACAGAGGUUUAAGUUAAACUCAAUCAAUUUCAUCAGCAAAAUCAACUUCAAAUUUCUUCAUCAAAACCCCUAAUUUUGGAGUCGAAUCCAAUUCCAAAUCAAACCUAAAACGGGAGAGAAAUUUGUUUUGUUUUCAACAGCAAAGUCUCUCUGUAAAUCUCCAUCUCCUACCUUCUUCAAUACAGAGACUCAGAGAGACACAGAGGUUUAAUUUAAACUCAAUCGGUUUCUUUAUCAGAAAAAUCAACUUCAAAUUUCUUCAUCAAAACCCCUAAUUUUUGAUAGACAGCUCAAGUCUUUGUAUUCGUUACCCGCACCUGCUCCAUGAGCCUUAAAUAACAAGUCUGUCCAAUGUUAAAUGCGCAGUCAUGCUCCGCAUUUCUGAGGUUGUGUGCUUUUUAGAGUUCAUAUUGGGGAUUCUUGUUCAUUUUCGGCUAAUCUGGUCGAAUGCGGAACACUUUGUUCAUUUCAUUUUUGUUUCUGCAAAUCAUUUAUAGUUCAUAUAAUUUGAAGAUGGGUAAAAUCAAAGAAAGAAAGCCAUUCUGGUGAUU